UCCAUAUCAAAGUGACCGUUUGAGAGCAUCGUCUCAAAAAUUCAAAACCAGGAAAACAAACAACACAGACACACCACCAAGAGUUGAGUUCUUUUCUAAGCUAGAAAUUCUAACAGACACAUCCAAUUCAACAAUCCGAAGAUUCAGAAAAAAAUGGUGUACUCAAACUACACACCAACCUACUACUCAACACUCCAUGACUCAAUCACCUCACUCUGCAAGACCCUUCUCCCUUUCAGCUUCAAGAAACGAUCAUUGCUCUCAGCAGAGCAAAGGUUGUCGAAGCUGCAAUCCGACAACCUCAAAUGGCAGCAGGAGUCUUUCCACCAGAUUUUGAAUUUGAUGGGUCUUCACGAAGAAGGCAUUGUGGCUGAAACUGAGGUUUCAGCUUUCAGAACCCACUUGCUCGAGACUCUCAUCGCUUCGCCUCCGGAACAAGAGCAUCCUGUUAUACUCAGAGACAAGCUUCUGUUUCUGCAGGAGCUUCUGUAUGCAAAGUGUGUUUCUGAAGAAGAGUAUCAUUCUUCUAAGAGACCUUUGCUUCAGAGAUUGGCUGUUCAAGGUGCUCAGAUUGAGGCUAAGGAUGUGAUCGUUGGUGUGAGGGCAGUGAGGCCUAGAGAGAUUUCGGAGGAAGAGUGGUCGGUUAUUGAUUUGAAGGAUGAUAAGGGAUUGAAGAUGAACAAGGAGAAUUUGAAUUGUAAGGGAAAAUCGAAUCAGGGGUCGGGUUUGAAGCAGAUUAAAGGGGCAGCCUCGGUUUUCGGCUUUGUUUCUCCUCACAAACCUGGGAAAAAUGGGGUGGAGAAGAGUGCUUUUGAAUCACCUUCUUUGCAAUUGAGGCAAUCCAGUGAAAACCCUUUUUGGAAUGCUGAGCCUAAUGGCAAUAAAAGUGAAGGUACAACAAUUCUCAUGGAGGAAAGUGGGCCCCCGGAAGCUGUGAAGGAAACCGGUGGCUCGGAGAAGUUGAAGAGGAAGCCAUUUAGGACUUUAUUUCACAGGGAGCAGAGGGAGGGAGUUGGUGGUGGAAGUGGUGGUGGUGGUCCUGAGCCAGAGCAAAGAGCAGGGAAACCAGUGAAGAAGCAAUGGGGGUUUGAUGGGUUCAAGAGAUGGAAGAGAAAUGAGGCAGAUGAUGAGACUGCUCCAUUGCCUCUGAAUGAGAGGUCUGAUAGUGGGGGACACUCAGCUUCCUCCCAGUCUCUUGCAAGAGUUCAUGGAGAGGGACCAGACACCAAGUUGUUGAAGAAGAAGUUACAUUCUGAUGGUUCUCCAUCUGAUUUCUUCAUAGAUAAGGUUUUGGGAGACAAGAUAAAGAAGGAGCUGACAAGAAUCCAGACAGAACUUAGCAGCACAAACCCAAAUCUUAAAUUCUCGAAUGAUCAGAUGGAAGCAAUUUCUACUAGAAUUCCAGUGGACAAGGCUGAUUUGAAAAAUUACUUUCCUAAAUCAUGGUGUGACAGAUACGGUGAUGUGGUGCUGGACGUGGUGAAGAAGGAAUUCAAAAACCAUGUAGGAGAGAUGGAGAACAUGCGCAAUGUUGCUAGAGAAAAACAUGGCAGCAACUCAAGGCGGUGGACAACAUCUGAGGAUGAUGAAAAUAUUCAUCCAAAUCUUUUUGUUCAUCAUGAUAAUUCAGCUCGCAGCAGUAACAUCAAUCCAUUUUCUCAUGGUUAUGGAGAGAGCAAGUGGAACUAGAUUAAGCUGAAGUCUGAAUCAGCUUCUCUAGGAAAUCCAUAUGCAGUAAAGUAUUUGUUGUUAUAUUGUUAAGGCAAGCAAAGAGACUUGUAAGUACUGUCUAGAUCUUCAUUGACAAUCUUACUUUGAUGGUAUUAGUCUUUUUCACAGUUCUAUCAACUAUCAAGCAUUUCUAGUGCUAAGCCAUGUUUUUUUCACCUUACAAUUUUAAAUGCAUAAUUUGAUUGUCUGUUUUA